CUUGAGGGGAUCCUCCUACCUCAGCCUCCUGAGUGCUGGGAUUACAGAUGUGAGCUACCACAUCCACCCAUUACAGCACUUUUAGACAUUUUCAUAAUAAAGUUCUGAGGGAAAUGAAAAACAAUCUUCUACAUUAAAAAGAAACAGUUUCUAAAAAAAAAAAGAAAGAAAGAAGCAGUUUCUGAGACAUAAAGAACAGGUGGCAGCUGGCUUGAUGGUGAAUGGCCUGCAGCAUUCACCUAUAAUGGCAAUGUGUUUACCCCUCAAUCCCAAACCUUUCCUCGGCAGAUUAAUAGGAGAUCCAGUGAUGGCUUCAGCGACUGAAGUGGGGAAUGGAGUACAAGGCCACCUGUUCUCUCUAGACGGCUACACGGACAUUCAGCUUGCAAUUACAGUAGAAUACAGAGACGGGGCAUUGUCUGGACAUCUGGGCGGUUUAAUAAGGUGAAAUAAUGUCCUUUAUAUCAGAGGUCUUAAAGAAGAAGAAGAGGAUGGCAAAAUAAAAGAAUAGCAUCUUUUGUGUUCAUGUAUAUAUGUAUAUUUCUAGACAAUAAAGAUGUGUUGUUUUUCAACUGAAAAAAAAAA